AUGGCCGAACAAAAGCCCGCCUUCCUGGCUCUAUCAAGUGAUAAUCGGGGACCGAUCAUCACUUUGACCUCGGUGUCCCUUCUGAUUGUGGCUAUAAUCUUUGUGCUUGCUAAGUUCGGUUCGGUGAUCUAUUUCAAGCAGCGACGGACAACAGUCAAUACUCCCAUCUGGCUCGCUUUGAUACUUGCAAUCAUUCAAGUCGUUAUUUUACAAAAAGCUAUUGGCCAUGGACUGGGAAAACAUCAAGACAAGCUUGGUGAAGGUGACAUUCAAGCCUGGAGCAAAUAUGCCUUCGCUGCUCACUUGUUGCUCAUCCUUGUCUUGUCGCUUUCGAAAAUGUCGACUAUCCUGCUGAUUUGGAAGUUGACGCCAAGUAAAAGCCUUCGUCGCAGCUGCGUUUUUACCGGUGGUGUAGUUGUUGGGUGGACGGUAUUCGCAGUGUUGGGUAUAGCGUUCCAAUGUGAACUACCCCAGGUGUGGCUAUACUCGCCCAAGCGAUGUGCUGGGCAGGGAGCCCUCUUCUACCCGGUCGCAUUGGUCAAUAUACUCACAGAGAUGAUCAUCAUUGUCCUGCCGUUUAUUAUGAUGCGACAUGUUCAGAUGGCCCAGAACAAGCGGGCAAAAAUCCUAUGCUCCUUCUCUUUGCGCCUGAGUAUGGUCGGCCUCGGAAUCGCCCACCUAGCCCUCACACCUUCAUUCACCCAUUCAACCGACGUUUCCUGGGACGUGUCUAUUUGGGAAGUGGUUGGACAGGCAAUGAUGCUCACAACCGUCACAAUCGCAUGCGUUCCAACCCUUUACCACAUCUUCGCUGGCCUGCACUCUGGCCUAUCCACAACUGAGAUUCCCGAGGGGCUCGAGCUCCCCCACACCAAGUCUAGCGGGUAUAUCAACCAAUCCUCCUCGGCAGCAAGCCAGUCGCAUUCGCGGUCAGAGUCGCGUGGACGCCCUAGGAAGAAUGGACGGUCAAUGUUUGAUGGAUGGGGAGGUCAGACGGGGGUUGUUACCGAGGUUUCAUCGGGAGAUAAUCAGAAUAAUGAGGGUCGACGGUCUAGUUCGAGCGAGGGAAAUGAGAGCACGCGGCAUUUGACGCAGGAUCUCCAAGGGAAGGGGGGCGUUUUAAGGACGGUGGAUGUGACGGUGGAGGUUGAGAAACACUAUCAAGGGGACCGGUUUUAG